GUAGUGUUGACUGCCACAAGGGAUGUAACGCGGUCUGCUACACAUCACAUUUAAGAUCAAACAAAUAAUUAUUAAGUUCAGUAGUUAAGUUAUCUUUUAACAAAGUGUUGUUCCGUAAGCAAAUAUUAAUUUGUUAGUGUGUCUCGGGGUAUGUCUGUCAGCUGGUGACACACCGGACGCUACGCUGAAAUGAAACCCGCACAGAAAUGCAACACCUUGACCAAAGCUAAUAGAAAGAAGUUGGUGACGCGGUCGACGUUAGGUGUCGCCCUCGUCGCGCUCGCCGUCACCGCACUCGUCGUCGACCCUGUCGUACUCAUCGCUAAAUAUCAAUUGAGAGUGACGCCCGGCACGGAGAUGUACCGGAUGCUGACGUCAGAGAUAGAAGGCGCGUACGUCUCCGCCUACCUGUUCAACAUCAGCAACGCGGAGGCCUUCCUCAGCGGCGCCGACAGCCGCCUGAGGGUGCACGAGGUCGGGCCCUUCACCUACCAAGAGAAGCGCUACAACACGCACUUCGAGGUGGACGAGAAGGCCCAAGUGUUGCGCUACCGACCCUUUAUCAACGUCACCUUCAUGCCGGAGAUGUCGGUGGCGGAGCCCGCAGACGUCAACGUCACUGUCGGCAACACCGCACUGCUGGCGAUAGCUACAGCGAUGUCAUCGCAUCCGUUCUGGAGCCAGCUCGCACUGAACCUGCUGACGCGGCGGUAUAAGUCCCGCGCGGUGGUGACGCUGCCGGUACACGACCUGCUGUGGGGACACCACGAGCCGCUGCUCGCCUUCGGGCACAAACUCAUGCCCGGCUGGAUUAACUUCGAACAACUAGGCCUCCUCGACAGGCUGUACGACAACACGCGCGAGUACCAGCUGGAGCUGAGCCUAGAGGAUCAAACCAAGUUCCAGGUGAGGCGAGUCAACGGCCACGCCGGACUCACCGCCUGGAGCUACAACGACCCCAACAAACGUUCUCGGUGCAACACAUUCGUGGACGCGUACGAAGGGUUCUCAUACCCGGCGGGGCUGACGCCGGAGCGGCCCAUCCGGCUGUACCGCAACGUCUUCUGCCGCAUGCUGGAGGUCGACUUCUCGGGCACCAAGACGCUGGACUACGGGCCCGAGCUCUACGUCUACAAGCUUAGCAACCGCACCUUCACCAAGAACCCCGACACCGAGUGCCUCUGCAGCGCCAUCGGAUGCAAAGAUGGACUGUCCGACCUCUCACCCUGCUUUUAUAGUCUGCCGGUGAUGAUGUCCAACGCGCAUUUCUACGGCGCGCCGGCCGAGGUGUACGCACGCAUCGACGGCAUCGCGCCCGACGAGCAGAAACACGGCGGCGUCUUCGCCAUCGACCAGAAGCUGGGUUCCGCGCUGCAGACAUCGAUGACUUUCCAACUCAACGUGCCCGUGGCGGAUGUCACCUACAACAAGGAGGCGCGAUCCUUCGCCAACAUCACCGUGCCCAUCGCCUACUUUAAAGUGACGCAGCCCGAGGUGCCGGAUCACGUGAAGACAUUAUUCUGGCUGGUGUACGUGUUGGGCCCGUACGCGGUGUACGCGGUGGCGGCUGGGCUGGCCGCGGCGGGGCUGGGCCUGCUGGCGACCGCCGCGUGCCUGCUGAGCACCCCGAUGCCGCUCACCAAGCAGGCCAUAGCGCGCGUGCAAGUGCACUGCGAGCUGCCCCUCAUCAAACACGCACACAAACAGACACUCCUCAGUGACCGCGCGAGACAAUAUGACCGCGGAGAAACCGGUGUCCGUGAAUAGUGACAAAUAACACUUUAAAUAUAAAUUUGUUUUAUUGUGAAUCGUAGUACUUUACCGAAGCUAUAGCCUGGUGGUGUUCAAUAAUUGUGCUGUCGCCUUCCGCGCGAUCUUUUGCUUUAAACAUGAUCAUUUCAAAAGAAUAAAGUCAUUUGUAGCGGAAUAAAUCCAUUACAUUCGCGAUUCCCUCCUGAUAUUUGAACGGUGCUGAGUAUAUCGUUAAGAACUGUAGUGAUUUUUUAUUAUUAGUAUUUUCAUACAGGGUGAUAAUAUGCUUAAUAUUAAAUAGAA